GACUUGCAGAACGCAACCAGACGGUUUCGAGCAACCAUGCAUAGUGAUGGCGUCUCUGUCCUUUCUCAACAGGUAGCAGGGCUCGGUAUCGACGAUGGCCCAAAUAAACCGUCAGCCUUUGGCGCCUAUGAACAAGAGCCGCCAUCUGCACCCAAACUGCAGAGUAAAGGCGUUAUAGCUAUGGAUAUCACCGAGCAGUUCACGAAUGCUGCCCAAAAGCUCGAUGUUGGACAGCUGAUCAAAGACCCGGACUUCACGCUCUUUGAGUCUGUCGGCGCCUUGGAGAUCAUGGAUCCAAAGAUGGAUAGCGGAUUCCUAGAGCCAGGCGAGACGAUGGAAGAUGAUUAUGAUUUCAGCCAGGCAUUGCUCCCGGAGGAGAUUAUCGGAAUAAUCGAUCAACUUCUUUGCCAUGAGAUGGCCUGGCAUAUGGGUUAUCCGCUCUCCCAAACCAUCUUCACCAGUCUGUACAUUGAUAGGCUUUUAAUGCCAACUCCAACGAGCCUAGAGCAGACCUAUUUUGAUAAAGGUGGGAGCUGCUCAGUGGAUGAACCUUUAACUCUUCAAGUACUGCGGGCGUAUUGUCUUGGUCUAAUCAAGACUUGUUGGUUUGUCAAUAACCGCGUCAGGUCAGAGCACUAUUACGAGGAAGAAGAUUUCGUCACCCAUACCUACAAUAGAAGUCUGCUUGACAGACUUGAUCAUGAACAGAUACUUAAGCUUCUAGAGGAGACCAUCGAAUUGCUUUCCGGCUCUGACAAGAUGCUGCCAGAAGUUAAGAGUGCAUUGAGCUGUAGACUUCGUUUCAGGGCUAAAUUCCUCCGGACCGUUGAGAUGGCGCCCUCGAGGACAACUCCGGGAUUGAAGGCUGUUUGGAACGAAUUGCUAGAUUUCCUGCCAGAACUCAAACUCUCUUCCAAGCUCGGGAAGCCUGUCCCAAAAUCCUUCAGCGUCAAGGUGCAGCGUAAACUAGCAAGCACUGUUCCACCACGACCCAUUGCGCAAGUUAGUCAGGAGGCUGCAUUUGACCACCUGGAGAGACUCUGUCGGGACGCCUCUGUCGUGGUCGAGGUACUCGAAUAUCAUGACAGCCACAGUCUUUUUACAUUUGUAAUGCUUUUUCAAGCGCGUAAACCUCAGCCGUCAGUUUACGUUCGCACUUUACUGCAACACUAUCUCUUCGGUGAUAUGAUUAUACUAGGAACUAUGUCUAUCCGUCAAAUCAUUGAUGAGGAUUUAGCAAGCACCGUGCUUCCUGCAAAUAAGCUUUUGGACCGGGGUAAUGAUGAUAUCGAGGUACCAACCGACCCACGCUUCAACAUGGCCAGCAGGAUGGAACUUUUCCGUUCCCGGGCUGCGGGGACAUACCUGGAUAUCCUGCGAACCAUCUGCCAGAAUCGAUGUAGGAUCCGUCGAACGCUAUGCCAUACGAUCUCAGAUUGGGACAAUCUCCAACUCGAUGCCGAGGAGAUCGACCAAGAUCUGCGCCAGUUUACCAAGGAAGAGCCUAUCGUCGACCGUGCGAUCUCGAGCGAGCCCAUCUAUGCCUUCCCGUUGUCGUCGUGGGCGUACUUCUACAAGCUCCGCCAGAUGGAGUGGAUCGUUCAGAUGGGUUUCGAGCUCGAGAUCUACCAGCCCGACGAGCUACCAACUAUGUACUGGUACCUACAAUACCUGGCAAAGACGCGUGCCCGGCACCUGGAGCGCAUCCGCGCCUGCCUGAUGCGCAAUGUCUCGGCGUCCCGGAGCCGGAUCCGCACGACGCAGGGCGGCGACGAGUACACAACUGCCCUGGCAUUCAACAAUUUCUCCACGUUGGAAGCCGCCGCGACAUACGGCUUCGCCGACGCCCUGUCCAGCCUCUUCGCUGUUCUCGCCCGCCUCUCCCUCCUCCCCGUGCUGCCCCGCCCCUACAGCGACGCCGCUACGCGCUACGACGUCCGCAUGAAGCCCUUCCUCUCCAUCAGUCUCCCGGAGCCGAUCCCACCCGCCGAACUUGAAGAACUCGUUGCCCAGCCCCGUGAGUCCCCACUCGCCCUACUGAGCUUCGCGGCCGAGUCCGUCGCAGCUGCGAAACGCGCGUUUGAGAUCCUCGCCAAGCUGGGCCCUGCGGAAGCGUUCUGCCAAGGCUACCAUGAGGGGUGGGCGCAAAACGUCCGCGAAAGUCUGAAGGCAUGCAUCUUCGCCGGCGUCUCGAUCGCGGCGGUCAAGAGGGCGGUGGAAGCAACUGGAGGGAAGGGGCAGAUACGCCUCAGGGUUGACAUCCCAAAGGCGGGAGAGAGGUAUCAUGAUUGGUGGGUGGUACCAAAGGUGGUUCCCCUCGCGUAGGAAAAGAGAGAG